UCGGACGCUCCCGCUCCCCUUGCUCGUCCCGCCGCCAUGAGGGAAAAGGGCCGCAAGAAGAAGGGCCGGACCUGGGCAGAGGCCGCCCGGACGGUCCUAGAAAAAAAUCCCAACACUCCCAUGAGCCAUAAAGAGAUCCUUCAAGUUAUCCAGAGAGAAGGAUUGAAAGAGAUCAGAAGUGGCACUUCUCCUCUUGCAUGCCUGAAUGCUAUGCUGCAUACAAACUCCCGCGGGGAUGAGGGCAUUUUCUACAAGGUCCCGGGGAGAAUGGGCGUUUACACCCUGAAGAAGGACGUUCCAGAUGGGCUGAAAGAGCUCUCCGAAGGCUCGGAAGAGAGCAGCGACGUGCAGUCCGACUCCCCCAGCUCCGAGAACAGCAGCAGCAGCAGCAGCAGUGACAGGAGCAGCAACAAAGGAGGACGGAAAAGCCGGUGGCGAAGGAAAGCGUCAGCCAGGCUCCUGCAAGUGGCCUCUCCCCAGCCGGGCUGCCCAUCUCCUUCCAUUCCACCAGGUAAAGUCAUCUCAUCAUCUCAGAAGCUCAGCAAAAAGGCCCUCAAGCAGGCUCUGAAGCAGAAGCAGCGGAAGCAGCAGCAAUGCCGAGGGGCCAGCGGGCAGCCCGUCUCCUCCAACCACCACCUCCUCCAGCAACACGCAAAGGCCGCCAGCCCCUCCGUCCCUGCAAAGCCUGCUUGGGAAGGAAAGCAAUCUGAUGGACACUCGAGCAGCAACUCCCAGAACUCCACGUCCAGCUCGUCUCCCUCCGUCAAAACAGAGCCUUCCCUGCCAGUUCUGGGGAAGAAGCCCUUCCAGAGAUCGGAGAGGCUUCAUGCAAGGCAGCUGAAGAGGACAAAAUGUGCCGAAAUCGACGUGGAGACGCCCGACUCCAUCCUGGUGAACACCAACCUGAGGGCACUGAUCAAUAAGCACACCUUCUCCGUGCUGCCGGCCGACUGUCAGCAGAGACUGCUGCUGCUGCUCCCCGAGGUGGACAGGCAGGUUGGUCUGGAUGGCUUGCUGAAGCUUAGCAGCUCUGCCCUCAACAACGAGUUCUUCACCUCCGCUGCCCAAGGAUGGAAGGAGCGGCUGUCGGAAGGAGAAUUCACUCCGGAGAUCCAGCUGAGGCUUCGCCAGGAGCUGGAGAAAGAGAAGAAAGUGGAGUUGUGGAAGGAGCACUUCUUUGAGAGCUACUACGGCCAAAGCUCUGGGCUGAGUCUCGAAGAGUCGGCGCAGCUGACCUCCAGCGCCCCACCUGCUGCUCAGGACCAGCCGCAGGCCGAGAACCCAGCCGCACAGCUGCCGGAAUCCAUGCCGGUCUCCGUAGCCACGCCUUGCAAAGAAGAGCCUGCUCCUGCGGCAACUCCAAAGGCGCAGGAUGCCCUGGUGGUGCCACCGCUGCCAGUAGCAGCCAGCCAAGAGGCCACGGAGGAGGAGAAGCAGCCACAGGCUUCCGUGCCACGGGAGGAUCUGGUGAAGUCAUCAUCGUCCUCCAGCAGCACCCCUUCCAAGCCCAUCAGCCAGGCUCCCCGCAGGCCUUCCCGGGGGGCAGAGGGGGAGGCUCUGGCUGGGCCAGAAGAGGAGGCGGGAGAAGCCAAGAGGCCCCACCCGCCCUGCCCAGAGACCCUUCCGGGGAAGGGAAGCGCAAGCAAACCAAAGACCCCAACCAGCACCGCCACUGCUGCCGCUUCCGCUUCCGCCGCCACCAGCGCCAGCCUGGAGGGAGAGUCUGGGGCGACGCCUGCCAAGGAUGCCCUUCCUGCCAGCGCGGAACAGAUGGACACGGGAGCGCAGGCGCUCAAGAGGAAGCCCGGCCCCCCUGAGGAGGCGGCCCUGUCCACGCCAGAGAAGCGGGCCCACUUGGAGGAGAAGUGCCCCCCCAGGCCGCCCUUUCAGAGCCCACCGCAGCCCUUUCCCAUCGCUCCUGUGCCGAAGGUCCCCCCACUCCGGAUUCCCGUCUCCAGGAUCCAGGGUUCUCCCUUGCCAUUUCCUGCCAGCCAGGUCUCUCCCAGGCCCGGCUUUCCAGUCUCCAUCACCAGUCCCCGGAGGACAGGGGCCAGGACUCUGGCGGAUAUCAAAGCCCGCGCCAGGAUGGCCAGGGCUCAGCGGGCAGCAGCCGCCGCGGCCGCAGCCGCCUCCGGCGCUGCUCCUUCUGCGUCCUUUGUGGGAGCCAUCCCGGGCCCCGGCCCCGGUGGGGGGAGAGGAGAGGAGCGGAGCAGCGUCGCACCAGGGAGGCCUCAUGGAGCUGCACUGGACCUGGCAGGCCCUGGAGGCGGGGGAGGUCCACGAAGGGCCCCUGGUCCGGGAGCCACCUCCGCCUCCCCCCCAGCGGCACCCCAGCCAGCGCCCUCUGGCGGUGCUGCAGGAGCACAGCUACAGCCGGCUCCCCCAGGGCGGCCCCGAGGAGCGGGCCCCGAGGCGGAGACCCCGCCAGCCACCCAGGCAGAGAUAGGCAGCGCCAGCCACUCACACAUGGCCACCUCUUCGGGCUCAAGCGCCGGGCCACCUGCAGGGAUGGAUGGCCCUGGGAAAGCCUCUUCCACAAUCAUCCUGAUUUCCGGAGCAGCCUGUGGCCCCGAAGGCCCCAGACCAGCCAGUAAAAGUGGGGCUGAAGCGGCUCCGGCUGCUGGUGCCACAGCUCCAGGGGGGAAACCCCUCUCUUCAGCUGAGGCACCCCCUGGGCUCUUCCGGGCGCCCCAUUCCCCCGCCUCUCCGGCCGGCCCACUGCCACUGCCGGCUGCAAUUUCUGCUCCCUCCUGCGGCGCUUCCCCUGCCGUCGCCUACAGCCUUAAAGCCCCCCCUGGCCCCUCGAGCGGAAGCGCCAUUGCCACCCCCCUCCUCAAGGCCAGCUCCAGCAUCCCAGCCAACAACCCCCUGGUGGCCCAGCUGCUGCAAGGGAAAUCGGUUCCUAUGGAGCAGAUCCUGCCCAAGCCCCUGACCCGGGCUGGGGAGAUGAAGACCCUCCCUCUCCCUGCAAACGAAAGCAGAGAGCCAGAAGCUCCUCUGCAGAGGGAAGCCGGCGAGAGGCAGCCGCCUCCCCCAGUCGCCUCGCAGCUGAGUGGGAAGCCAGACUCCAGCCAGGGCAGGCAGCUGCUGCUGCCGCCACCCCACAGCCCUGCCCCCUGCUCCUCCUUCCCAGGACGGGACUUGUGGGGCGUGAGUGCCGCCCCCUUCUCCAGCCAGGAAGCCCAGGAGCACCACCACCUCCAGGCCCUGAUGCAGGCAGCCCCCAGGCAGGGCCACCUUCCCACUGCUGCCGCCACUCCUGGGGAGAGCAGCAGCAGCUCCCCCAGCCAGAGCUUUGUCCUGGGAUUCACCGGGAGGAGGACGUCCAAGCCUGCCAUGUCUGGGCAUUAUCUCCUGAACAUUUCCACCUAUGGGCGCUGCCCCGAGAACCUCCGGAGGAGCUUGGCCGUGCCCCCGGAGAGCCGCCUGUGCCCCGAGGCGCCCAAAAUGGAGUUCAAGGAACGAGAGGCGGCUGCCGCAAGUGGCGGCGGCAGCAGCAGCGGGGAAGACGGACGAGAGACGGACGACACGGAGGACGAAGAGGCAUUUGUUGCGAUGAAGGAGGAGCCCCUGCCUCACAAGGGGGCAGGAGGAGAGGGAGAGCCGGCAAGCACCCCCAGAAGGAGCACCAAGAAGGGGGAGCUGGCAGAAGGCAGCCCAGCAGAGGCAGCCACCCGCACACUCUCUGCAGGCCAAGAUUUUGCCAGGAGUGCCCUGGCGAGGGAUUUCCUGCGGGCAGCCCAGGAGCAAGUGGCUCAGGCAGUGAGGGGGGAGAGGAAGCCCUGCAGCCUGGAGCUGCCUCCCUCGGCCGCUCAGGCAGAGCCCCUCCCGCCCCGGCCCCCACUGCUGCUCUCCCCCUCGCAGCCCCCCCGCCUCUUUGGGGGUCCCGUCGGGGCGCAGCUUCUCGGCUCGGGCUACAGCGGCACCAUAAACGUCUCUGCGUCCCCCGACCUGCGCCAGGAGGCCCUCUUGACGGGGCUGUCGGACCCCGGGCGCAUGGGGGACGUGGUCUCCUUCUCGGUGACGGUGACGACCAUCCCCGCCGGGCAGCAGGGGGCUGCGGGCCGAGGGCACCCUCUCCCGGGCCAGGCCUUCUCGGAGGACGGCGGCUUGGACCUGCCCUCCAAGUGCUACUGCCGCUUGAAAGCCAUGAUCGUGUGCAAGGGGUGCGGGGCGUUCUGCCACGACGACUGCAUCGGCCCCUCCAAACUCUGCGUCUCCUGCCUGGUGGUGCGGUAGCAUCUCCAGCCGGGCUGCUGGGGGGCGGCGUCCUGUUUGGGGAGCAGGAGGGGAGCCCUUUCCCCUGCAGCCCCAGCCCUCCAGCCAUCGCCUCUGUUGGAAGCACCUUGGACAGACGGAGGGCAGCAGCUCUUGGGACAAGUGUUUGCACUUCAGGAAUCAUGUAAAUACGUUGCAUUGUGUGGUUUUCUUUUUUCUU